UUUCAAUUUAAAUCAAAAAACAAAGAAAAAAUGAAUGAUCAUAAGAACCAUAAUGAUGAUGAUAAUAAUGGUGACAUCAAUGAAGCCGAACUUGGUAGUUUACUUGAAAACACUUUUAAUGAUUUCUGUAAAAUUUACAAUAAAAAUGAAUCCAGCAGCAAUAAUAAUGAUAAUAAUGAUGAUAAAAUGCAACCUAAUCCAUCUGGACAAUCAAAUUCGAAUCCUCAAAUCGAUUCUCCAUUCCGGUCAUUAUAUGGAUCGGAUAAUGAAUUGAAAGAAAAUUGGUCCAAAUUGGCUAAAUCUUGUAAUCAAACAGUUGACAAUGAUCUACAUGAAUCAUUGUUAUCAACAUUGAAAAUAAUAUCGGAUAAAGCAGAAUCAAUAUCAAACGAUGAAACAAUGUUUUCCAAUGAUGAAAUGGCCAAAAUGAUGGCAAAUCUGGCCGAAUUACAGCAUAAUUAUGAUGAUGAUGAUAAUAAAACCGGUGAUAGUGAUGAAAACAUUAAAAACAAUAUGUCCGAAUUGAAUAAAAUAAUGCCAUUGAUGUCGAAUAUAAUGGAAAAUUUGCUUUCCAAAGAUUUUCUUUAUCCAACAUUAUCGGAACUUAGAACAAAGUAUCCAACAUAUUUGGCCGAGAAUCAAUCAUCAUUAUCGAAAGAUGAUUAUAAUCGUUAUGAAAGUCAAUUGAAAAUUAUUCGAAAAAUUUGUGAAGAAUUUGAAAACGAUGAUGGUGAUGAUGGUGGUGGCCACAAUGAUGAAAUGAAAUCCAUACGUUUCAAUAGAAUAUUAUCAUUGAUGCAAACAAUGCAAUCGUUUGGUACACCACCAACGGCUUUAGUAUCCGGUGGUGGCGAUAAUAGUGAUAUGAUGAUGUUUAAUAAUUUGAAUGCAAUGAACAAUGGUUUGGAUGGUAAACAACAACAACAACAAUGUCAAAUCAUGUAAUCACAUGCAACUAAUCUAUCUAUAUUUUA